AUGCCUUUCAACACGGAGCUCACCCGGCGCCUGGGCAUUCGCGUCCCCGUCAUCCAGGGCGGCCUCAUGCACGUCGGCACCGCAGACCUCGCGUCGGCCGUCUCCAACGGCGGCGGCCUGGGCAUCAUCACCGCCCUCAUCUCCCCGACGCCCGAAGCCCUGCGCGCCGAGAUCCAGCGCUGCCGCACGCUGACCGACAAGCCCUUUGGCGUCAACCUGACGCUGCUGCCCUCCCUGCUCCCGCCCGACUACCCGGCCUACGCGCAGGCCAUCAUCGACGAGGGCGUCAAGAUUGUCGAGACGGCCGGGAACUCGCCCGGCCCCGUCAUCCGCCAGCUCAAGGCCGCGGGCAUCACGGUGCUGCACAAGUGCACGACGAUUCGCCAUGCCCAGAGCGCCAUCAAGCUGGGCGUCGACUUUUUGAGCAUUGACGGGUUUGAGUGCGCGGGGCACGUGGGCGAGAGCGACAUUACGAAUUUCAUCUUGUUGAGCAGGGCGAGGCAGACGCUGAACAUUCCGUUUAUUGCUUCGGGGGGGUUUGCUGAUGGGCAGGGACUUGCGGCGGCGCUGGUGUUGGGAGCUUGCGGUAUCAACAUGGGAACCCGGUUCGUGGCCACAAAAGAAGCGCCUGUACAUGUAAACAUCAAGGAGGCCAUCGUCAAAGGCCAGGAGACGGACACGACGCUGUUGUUGAGACGUUGGACAAACACCACGAGGCUGUACAAGAACAAGGUGGCGACGGAUGCGCUAAAGAUUGAGAAAGAGAGUACGACGGGCGAAUUCUCAGAGGUGGCGCCUUAUGUUAGUGGAAAGAGAGGGAAGGAGGUCUUCAUUAAUGGUGACCCGGAAUACGGCGUCUGGACGACAGGCCAGGUCAUGGGCCUGAUUCACGAUAUCCCGACCUGCGGCGAACUGGUUGCUCGUAUUGAGAAGGAGGCCGAGACUGCGCUGAGGGAGAAGCUGGCUUUGAUUGUGCCUGACACGAAGCUAUGA